AAUGUAGCAUUAACUUCCAUUUUCAACUAAUGAAUUAGAACAUUUUGAAAUAGAGCACACUCAUGGUUCAUUAUCUAAAGCUAAACCUCCCGUUUACAAAUAGAAAGAUUAAUUGAUAGUCAAUAAAAUUCAUACUGUCUAAUUGGAUCAUGAGAUUGAUGAAGAUGUGAAUUCUAAAUUUCACUUUACAGUCAUAAUGGUAGGAAUAUUGUCUGGUAAUUUUGGAUUGGGUUACUCUUUACCAUACUUAUCAAUGUCAUUUUCUACAGUAUUUUCUCAGAUGUAUAUCAUUUUAAUAUAUUUAUGGUAGUGAAUUGAAGGGAUCAGAAACAUCUGAAUAAGGAUUUUUUAGUGCAAUUUUAUCUAUUGGUUGUCUUAUUGGUGCAAUUUUUACAAAAUUCUUAUUGAAACACACAACUAGGAAUCAAUCACUAAUGAUAGCAGAUUUUUGUGGUUUUUUAAGUAUUUUUGCAGUGAUUCCAAAUCGAGAAGUUAUUUUAACUUUCAGAUUUUUUUAUGGAGUUUGUAUUGGUAUCUAAACAAUAAUAAUGCCAAUAUAUUUAAAGGAAUUGUGUCCAUAAAAAUAUUAUGAUAAGUUUUCAGUAAUGUCAGGAUUCUUUGUAGGUGGAGGAUUGCUUUUUGCCAAUUUUAUGGGUUUAGGUUAUAUAAAUAGUGAUUUAAGAGGAAAAGACUCUCAUUAUUGGUAGAUUGUUUUUGCAAUUCCAGCAAUUGUAUUCUUAUUUAGAUUUACAGUAUUGACAAUAAUAUACAAAAUAGAUAGUCCAAUAUCAUUAAUAAUUAAAAAUAAGCCAACAAAGGCAAAGGAAAUAAUAUCUUAUAUUUAUUAAUCAGUUUGUGUUGAAUAAGCAUUUCAAAAAAGUUAAUUAAGAGUGUAGUAUGAUGAAGAACAUAAAGAAGGAAUAAUGAUACUUUUUACUAGAAAACAUAGAAGAACAUUAGCAAUUGGUUGUGUAUUGAUGUUUGUUUAUACAUGGUGUGGAUUAUUUGCAAUAUUCUCAUAUAGUUCACAAUUUUUUGCUUCUAUGUCAAAUGGAGAUGUUACUUUAAAUACUUUCUUUACAUUAAUUUUAGGAAUAGUAUAAUUUACACCUGCUUUCAUAUCAUCAAUUGUUUAUAGAAGAUGGGGAAAAAGAAUAAUACUAUUGACAGGAUUAUUUUUGAUGAUCAUUUGUUAAAUAUUAAUAAUAGGUUUAAGCUAUACUGAAGCUUUGGGUGCAGUAAUAGUAAAGUUUAUAGUAAUAUGUUUAUUUUCAUUUUUAUAUGCUUUAACAUUAGGUCCUAUUACAUGGGUAAUUAAUUUAUUAAUAAAUAGUCUAUGACUCCAGAAAUAAAUUCAAGUGAGGGAACUUACUUUUGUUUUGUAACUUUAUAUGCUUGGUAAUUAUUAGUCUUAUACAUAUUUCCAUUUAUGCUUAGUAGUUUGGAAAUGAGUGGAUCAUUUGUAGUAUUUGCAAUUUUAACAAUCAGCAGCAUUUUAUUUUUUUAUUGUUUUGUAAAGGAAACAAAAGGAUUGAAUCAUACAGAAAUAGAUAAAGUAUAUGGUAAAGAAGAUAAAUGA